AUGACUUGGAGAAUCAUUAAAAGUGAUUCCAAAAUGAAUUAUUACACUGGUCUAUCUUCUAUCAUGUUAUUUAACACUCUGUUAUUGUUAUUAAAGCCUUACUUACAGCAAGUGAAUUAUUGGAGGGGGUCAAAACGAGCAUGUUUAAGUACUAAAAUAAAGCGUCAAACUAAACAUGUGAAAAAGUUAACACAGCGUGAUGAGUUUUUGUUAGUUUUGAUGAAACUUCGUUUGGGCUUACUGACAGAGGACCUUGCAGAUCGUUUUGGAAUAUCACCAUCAACAUGUUCCACAGUAUUUGUAACUUGGAUUAGAAUUAUAAGUAGAGUUUUGGGUGAUGCACUUGUUGUCUGGCUGCCAAGAGAAGCCAUUCGUGAUAACUUGCCUAAAACAUUUGCCAAAGCAGGUUAUUCCAAAUGUCGGGUUAUAAUUGAUUGUGCUGAGGUGUUCAUUGACAGACCAAAAUCCUUAACAAAUCAAGCAUCUACUUGGUCAGACUAUAAACAUCACAAUACUUUAAAAUUUCUUGUUGGUAUAAGCCCUUCUGGACAUAUAACUUUUUUAUCUGAUUGUUAUGGUGGGCGCGCGUCUGAUAAAUUUAUUACAAAUGACUCUGGAUUUUACGAUUUGUUAGAAAGGGAUGAUGAAGUUAUGGCAGAUCGUGGAUUUCAAAUCAGAGAAGAAUUAAUGUUACGUUUUUGCAAAUUAGUUGUUCCACCAGGUGCACGUGUAAAAAGUCAGAUGACAAGUGCUGAAUGUAAAAAAACUAAAGAUGUAGCAAAUUUAAGGAUUCAUGUUGAGCGAGCAAUUAACAGAAUUAAGUUUUACCGCAUACUCAAGGGAGUGUUGCCUGUUACAAUGUUACAACAUGCAGAUCAUAUAGUUAAAUGCUGUGCUGCAUUAUGUAACCUAAAGCCUGUAUUAAUUAAAAAGAAACCAGAAAAAACUACUUGA